UUCAACCCAUUGCUGUGCACUCUCUUCUUCUCAAUUUCGUUGAUUAUCUGUCCCACUGAAGCCAAUACGGCAACACUCUCUUUCUCUCUCUCCACUCACUGAGCUAAAACUCGCAACUUUUUAGCAUCUUCAUCCUCCAAUUCACAAUCAACCACCAUUUUCAAUAACUCCAAUCUUCAAUUCUGGGAUUUCUUAUUAUCUGAAUCCAAAAAAGAUGGAAAAUUUAGCCCUAGUUUCAUCAAAACCUGUAAUGGGAUUAAGCUAUUCCCCAAAUUAUAGAACCCUUUCAACCACACAGUGCUUUGGGCUCCCUCUUUUACCCCCUAAACCAAGUGGGUUUCUCUUAGUUUCAAAACCCAGAUCAAAAACCAUCUUAUUUGCUUUCUCCACCCCAAAUUCCAGGAGAAAAUCUUCUAAGAAUGAGAAGAAAGAUAAUGGGGCUGAAUUAUUUGCAAGUACUUCUGCAACUUCUCAAGAGACAACUACUUCUGUUGGUGUUAAUCCACAAUCUUAUCCUCCACCUUCCUCUUCUCAAUUUGGGUCACCUUUGUUUUGGAUUGGAGUUGGUGUUGGCAUCUCUGCGAUUUUCUCCUUUGUUUCUUCAUGGACGCAGAAAAAAGCAAUGCAAGUAGCUGUUAAGACUAUGAUGAAUCAGAUGGGCUCAAAAGAUAAUCAAUUUAGUAAUGCGGCCAUUUCUACUGGCUCACCUUUCCCAUUCCCACCUCCACCUACAGCAGGCUCUAGUACUUCUGGUUUUUCUUACCAACGACCAUCUACAAUAGAGCUGAAUGCCUCUUCUGCACCCAGCCGGGCUACCUCUCCUUCUCCUGCUGCUUCUGAAGCCACUGUGUCAGUUGAUGUUUCUGCAACUAAAACAGAACCUUCAGGGCCUGCAGUUUUUGAAGAUGAAACUGAAACUAAGACUGAAGAAAAAAGAUCUGCGUUUGUAGAUGUCUCUCCUGAAGAAACUUUUCAAAACACUGCAUUUGAGAACUAUAGCAAUUCAUCUUCGGCAACAUCAUCUGAGAAUGCAAACUUUGCUGAGGUAGUACAAAAUGGAGCUGCUUCAAAUACUUCGGAGCAGGCCCAAUCUACUCCCCCAGGAAAGAAUGGUUCUUUGCUAUCUGUGGACACUUUGGAGAAAAUGAUGGAGGAUCCAACUGUGCAGAAGAUGGUUUUCCCACAUUUGCCUGCAGAGAUGAGGGACCCAGCUACCUUUAAGUGGAUGCUACAAAAUCCAGUAUACCGUCAACAGCUGCAAGAAAUGCUGGACAACAUGGGAGGAAGCCCAGAAUGGGACAACCGCAUGGUUGAUAAUCUAAAAAAUUUUGAUUUGAAUAGUCCAGAAGUUAAGCAACAGUUUGACCAAAUCGGACUUACUCCUGAAGAAGUUAUCUCAAAAAUUAUGGCUAAUCCUGAUGUUGCCAUGGCAUUCCAGAACCCCAGAGUUCAACAAGCCAUAAUGGAUGUUUCUCAGAAUCCCAUGAAUAUUGUCAAUUAUCAAAAUGAUAAGGAGUUUAUGUCAGGUAAUGGAUGUCUUCAACAAAAUACAACAGCUCUUCCCAGGGACAGCAGGUCCAUUCUGAUAGGUUAUGCCCGGAAGUUUUUACUCUAGCUGUUGGAAGAUAGAAUGUUAGUUCUGCAUACUUGGGCGCAAUCACAGUACGUAGUCCUUGAUAUGUGAUCAACAAUGUGACCCGAUGUCAAAUAUCUAAAGAUUUGUUGAUCGAGGACUAGUCCAGCCCUGUGCAAAUUUUUGGUAAAUUCAUGAGGUAGUGUUUUAUGUCAUUGGGUUAUGAAUAUGUAGUCGAAUGAUCUCAUGAUUUUGUUUUAUGGAGUGAUGAUAUUAGUUCAAAAGUCCAAGAUUAGCAAUAAUAUUCACUGCAAAUUGUAUAGAAUAUUCCUGCAUGAUGGUUGUGAAAAUUACUACAAACAGUUGGGUUUCUGGUAUUAUUUCAGUGUGAUGAGCAGCGAGAGGUUAAAUUCCAUUGUGUUUGAUCGUUAUAAACCAAAAAAACCUGGAGCAUACAGAAGGAACCAUUUUACUGAUGACUACUUGCAUCUAAAUAACGAGGCAAAGGGAUGCACAGCCGCAUCUGCCUUGUCCAGUCUGCAGGUUGUCACUAUUAUGUUUCAUUCUUGAUGGUGUUUCUUGAAGUUAUGCCAGGAUCCUGGAGCUAUGACCAGAACUUCAUUUACAAGGAACUGACUUGUUGAUAUUCAUUUUACCUGAUCUAUCUUGGCCUACUCAUCAUCUUUCCCCUUCACUUAUAGUGAAAUAGACAUUCAAAGUUCGAUUUCUCAGACAACACAAAGGCAAUGUAGUAGACUAGUAGGCGUUUCGUGUGCUCAUGUUCAACCGAGCUUUUUGACUGAUUUCAGCACUUUGAGACCAUUAAUGACAAGUGCUCAAACACAAAUGUAAGACUAGCAUAGCAUAUUGGUCCCAAGCUUCCAUUUUCCUUUGGUUAGCCACUUUGUUCAAUAUUGGUUACUCUCUA